GUCUACGCCUACGACGAUUUCGACACCGACGGUUUCCACCCCUACGACGAUUUCGACACCGACGGUUUCCACCCCUACGACGAUUUCGACACCGACAGUUUCCACCCCUACGACGAUCUCGACACCGACAGUUUCCGCUCAAACCACAGUGUCUACGCCUACGACGAUCUCGACACCGACGGUUUCUACGCCUACGACAAUCUCGACACCAACGGUUUCCGCUAA